CCGAAAUAUGCCGAAAUACAGUUUUCAAUACAUGCCAAAAACUUGUCAGAUUGAAGUGUCAUGGUGGGGAGCAUUCGUUUGUUUGUCUCACCUUCCUUCCUCUCAAAGAGUUCACUUGUGUGCAGAUGCCAUCUAUUGUUUUGUGGCCGGACACUGCAACAACACAGAGGUGAAUGAAACAACAACAAUAGAAGAGGCAAGUGCCUUUUGUGACAAGCACUACGGUGAGAGGUGGACAAAGAUUGGCUGGAAAGACUUCAUGGCUGUGUUGGCUCGUGCACUGGAAAUGGGCACCACACACCAGAUUCCAAAGGAGUGGAAUGUGACUGGCUGGAACUCUUUGAUGAAGCUGGCCCACCAUGAAGCAGACAUAUCGGCCAUGACUGCAUGUGCAAUGGGCAACUUUCAGUGUGAUGUUGCUUACUGCAAAAAGAAUUAUUGCACUUCUCCAAAGUAUCGAGCAAAAUUUGGGAACUUGUCGUGGUCCUACGAAGGAUGAUUAGCAACGAAUGUGCACACGUUUGUAUGUUAGCAUUUCUUAGUAGGUGAUCUCUGAAGGAAGCACCUGUCCAUAGGUCUGAUCAACAAGACGAUUGCCACAGCUUCCAAA